AUGGCUAUCGAGACAUCUACUUUGGGCGCGACCGGCUCCGCCCUGCCUGCGAAGAACGUCGUGAAGGUCGUCGCCAAACCGAUCGUGACUCCUCUCCCGGCGGAACACUACGACGAGUUUAUCUCGGACUUCGCCAAAAAGCGCACCAGCAAGCCUAAUGCUAUCCGCGCACUCUUCCCCAUGGAGCGCCGUCCGGGCAUGAUUUCCAUGCUCGCCGGCAAGCCCAACGGAUCCAUGUUCCCGUUCAAGCAACUACGCUUCGACACGGCGGAUCCCAGGGACCCUUCUCGCGACGUCACUGUCGCAGUCGACGAGGCAGUCCUCGCCGAGGGUCUUCAGUACUCUCAAACCGAUGGCAUGCCGCACUUCAUCGAGAUCCUCACUGUGCUUCAAGAGCGCGCACACCACCGCUCGAGGACCGAGGGGUGGCGAGUAAGCUCGACUGUCGGUUCGCAGGACGCCAUCUACAAAGCUGUCCGCUGCAUGUUCAACCCUGGCGACUCGGUCAUCGUCGAGAAGCCUUGCUAUACCGGCGCAUUGUCAAUCUUGGAUACCAUUGGCUGCGAGAUGCAUGAUGUCGACACGGACGAGCAGGGUGUGAGCACUGACAGCUUAAGGCAAUUGCUUGAGAGCUGGCCUGCCGGAAAGCCCAAGCCGAAGGCAUUCUACACUGUCCCAUACGGCUCAAACCCCACCGGAAUGACGCACUCUCUUGAGCGCCGGCUGGAGGUGCUCAAGCUUGCGCGAGAGCACAACUUCAUGAUCCUUGAGGAUGACCCAUACUACUACAUCUACUUCGGCUCUGCGCCUCGCCCACCAUCCUAUUUCACGCUUGAGGCUGAGACUGGCGACGUCGGCCGCGUUGUGCGCUUCGAUAGCUUGAGCAAGAUCUUGUCCGCUGGUCUUCGCAUUGGCUUCGUUACGGGCCCGAAACCUAUUGUGGAUGCUAUUGACGCUUACACCGGCGUUUCAAACCUCCAGACGUCUUCCUUCGCGCAGUGCGUCGUCUUGACGCUGCUCGAAGCAUGGGGCUACGAAGGCUUCAUGGCGCAUACACGCAACGUCGCCGAGUUCUACCGCCAGAAACGCGAUGCAUUUGAGAUUGCUCUCCGUCGCCAUCUGGAUGGCCUGGUAGAGUGGACUACCCCCGAGUCAGGCAUGUUUGUCUGGUUCAAGAUCCUGCUCGGUGAUAACGAGGAGCCGGACGCCCUUGAUAUCAUCGGGAAGAAGGCUUGCGAUGAGGGCGUUCUCGCGCUCCCAGGAUCUCCGUUUUUCUCCAAGGGCGGGAAGACGGGAUAUGUACGCGCAUCUUUCAGUUUGCUAGAGGAGUGUGACAUCGACGAGGCUCUGCGCCGCCUACGCACAGUCAUCCUGCGCGAGCGUGGUCAGCUGUAG